UGCUGCUCUCGCCUGCGCGCUUCCCUCAUUCCCCCUCCAGAGUUCGAUGCGCUCGACUCUCGGCUCUGCCUGGAGUUCUCAGUGCGGCGACAGCGGUGCUGAAUAUGGCGUCAGACGGGAUGAUUUUAACAAACCACGACCACCAAAUCCGGGUCGGCGUCUUGACAGUAAGUGACAGCUGCUUUCGCAAUCUCGCUGAGGACCGCAGUGGGGUCAACCUCAAAGAUCUUGUGCACGACCCUUCCUUGCUUGGAGGAACCAUCUCAGCUUACAAAAUCGUUCCUGAUGAAAUUGAUGAGAUCAAGGAGACUCUGGUCGACUGGUGUGAUGAGAAAGAGUUAAACCUGAUUUUGACCACCGGUGGCACAGGCUUCGCUCCUCGAGAUGUCACACCUGAGGCCACUAAAGAGGUGAUCGAGCGGGAAGCUCCAGGGAUGUCUCUGGCCAUGCUGAUGGGCUCUCUGAAUGUCACUCCUCUGGGAAUGCUCUCCAGACCCGUGUGUGGUAUCCGAGGCAAAACUCUCAUCAUAAAUUUGCCGGGCAGUAAAAAAGGUUCACAGGAAUGCUUCCAGUUCAUCCUUCCCGCUCUCCCGCACGCCAUCGACCUGCUCCGAGAAGCCGUGGUCAAAGUGAAGGAGGUGCCCAAUGAGCUGGAGGACCUGCCCUCACCUCCGCCGCCUCUGUCCCCGCUGCCCGCCAGCAGCCCGCACCGCCAGACGGAGGACAAGGGGGUGCAGUGUGAGGAAGAAGAGGAGGAGAAGAAGGACAGCGGCGUGGCCUCCACAGAGGACAGCUCCUCCUCGCACAUCACAGCCGCCUCCAUUGCUGCCAAGAUUCCCGAUUCCAUCAUCUCACGGGGCGUCCAGGUCCUUCCCCGUGACACGGCAUCUUUGAGCACCACGCCGUCCGAGUCGCCGCGAGCCCAGGCUACCUCUCGCCUCUCCACUGCUUCCUGUCCCACCCCCAAGGCGCGGCUCCCCUCCUCUUCAUCCACCCUAAGCAUUGCUGAGGCGUCACGGCGAGAGUUCAGAGCACACCUGGAUGAGGUCAUCACACUCAAGUCAAGGUACUCUACCUUGGACCAGCUCCAGUGUAGGUUGGAGGUGCUUAAAGACGAUCGUCGCGGCCAUAGGACCUUCAGUUCUCGAGUGCAGUCACGAUGCAGCAGCAAAGAAAAUAUCUUACGAGCAAGUCAUAGUGCGGUGGACAUCACCAAAGUGGCUCGGAGACACCGUAUGUCUCCAUUCCCUCUCACCUCUAUGGAUAAAGCCUUCAUCACUGUGCUGGAGAUGACCGCAGUUCUGGGCACUGAGAUCAUUAACUACAGAGACGGCAUGGGUCGAGUUCUGGCUCAGGACGUUUAUGCCAAAGACAACCUGCCUCCAUUCCCAGCCUCCGUUAAAGACGGCUACGCUGUAAGAGCGGCUGAUGGUCCUGGUGACAGAUUUAUUAUCGGCGAGUCUCAGGCCGGAGAGCAGCCCACACACACCGUGAUGCCGGGUCAGGUGAUGCGGGUGACGACAGGCGCUCCUAUUCCAUGCGGAGCAGAUGCUGUGGUUCAAGUAGAAGAUACUGAACUCCUGAGAGAGUCUGAAGACGGCACAGAAGAGCUGGAGGUGAGGAUUCUGGUUCAAGCGCGUCCAGGUCAAGACAUCAGGCCCAUCGGUCAUGACAUUAAGCGAGGCGAAUGCGUGUUGGCCAAAGGCACUCAUAUGGGCCCGUCUGAAAUCGGUCUGCUGGCCACGGUGGGCGUCACGGAGGUGGAAGUGCAGAAGUUUCCCGUCGUGGCUGUGAUGUCUACAGGAAACGAGCUGCUGAACCCAGAGGAUGAUUUACAUCCCGGUAAGAUCAGAGACUCGAAUCGCUCUACGCUGCUGGCCACCAUUCAGGAGCACGGAUACCCGACCAUCAACCUGGGCAUCGUGGGAGACAACCCUGAUGACCUGUUGAAUGCUCUGAAUGAGGGAAUCAGCCGUGCCGACGUCAUCAUCACCUCAGGGGGCGUGUCUAUGGGGGAAAAGGAUUACCUGAAACAGGUACUUGAUAUCGAUCUUCAUGCUCAGAUACACUUUGGACGUGUCUUCAUGAAACCAGGUCUCCCCACAACAUUUGCCACUCUUGAUAUGGACGGGUCUCGAAAACUUAUCUUUGCUCUGCCAGGUAGGGACGGUGAGAGAGUUUAUUGGUGUAUUUUUUCAAAACACAUACUACACAGAUUUCACUAUUUUUUGUCUAUUAUGUUUCCUCAAUUUAAUGAGCACCCUCUCUCGUGCUUCACAGGGAAUCCCGUGUCAGCGGUCGUAACAUGUAACCUCUUCGUCAUUCCCGCCUUGAGGAAGAUGCAGGGAAUCUUAGACCCGCGGCCCACCAUAAUAAAAGCCAGGUUGUCAUGUGAUGUGAAGCUGGAUCCGCGUCCUGAGUAUCACCGCUGUAUUUUGACAUGGCACCAUCAGGAACCUCUGCCAUGGGCACAGAGCACAGGGAACCAGGUUAGCAGCAGACUCAUGAGCAUGCGCAGCGCUAACGGACUCCUGAUGCUUCCUCCCAAAACCGAGCAAUACGUGGAGCUGCACAAGGGCGAGGUGGUGGACGUCAUGGUCAUCGGCCGUCUAUGAUGGCGUCAGAGAGCAGAAGGACGGAGAGUGACGGUGGUUCACGGUGCAUGUUCACAUAUCAUUGACUGUAAUAUGCAACGGCACAGCUAGUUUUUAUUGAUUUGGAUAACGCUGAAGUAUAGUCAACAUCUUGAUCACAAAACUAGAUACAUAUGAGAAAAAAAAAAUCUAUUAUUUCAAAGAAAGAAAAAAUAUAACUUUUAAAUUAUAAAAUCUAAUUAUAAAAAGAGAUUUAUUCUGUAUUAUUAUUAUUAUUAUUAUUGCAUUUUUCUUGUCAUUAUUAUUAAUUAUUAUUAUUAUUAUUAUAUUAAGGCAACUUUAUUCUUUUCAUUGCAGUUGCUUUGUGUGUUCAAUGCUAGAUCUUAUAGCUGUAGCAUUUUAAUAGAAAACUGUAGGUGCCUGCCCGGAGAAAAAAAAAGAGAAUAUUAUUUCCCCGUUUUAACGUAAAAAUAAGACAGGUAAAUGAAAAAUGACUGCUUUUGUUUUUUCGGACAUGGGGAAGAACGCAACAACUUGAAAUCCGGACUCUGGAGGGUGGCACUUUUUGUCUUACGUGUCAUUGACGUGACACUUUUACUUUUCCUCCCAUUAGUAGGCAUCAUUAUGACAUCACAAAGAGCUUUGCUUGUCGUUUAUCUCGUGAGUCUUGUUUGUGUGCGCAGUGCCAAACGCGUGGGUGCACGAAGGUCGUGCCCGGGGGAACACGGGCCUGGUCACCCAAUCCCUGAAGCUUCCUUAUAAUCACAUGACCUGGUGUAGCCCCGCCCCCCUCCCCCAGGGGGUGGAGUCACAGGCGAACGUUUUGUUUGAAUAUACUUUAAAAAGAGGAGAAAAACAAACAACAGCUUAUUUAAGUGCUGACUGCCUUUUUAAUCAACUACACAAAAAUGUACAGUAAAAAAAAGAAGAAUUGAAUUGUACAGAUAAAUGUGACCAGCACUCCUGCGGAAUAUGACCAAGCAAUGAGGAGACAUUGAACAAAUCUGUAUAAUAACAUUUUCUGUAAUGAUAAGAACCUAAUGAGAGAGACUACAAUAAUAAAAUCCUUGAUCAUUAUAUAAAAAUAGCAUUGUGGAAUUUUCUUGUAAUAAAAUGAAUAAAAACAUAAUUCCUUAA